AUGUUUAAUCAUCUCCUUGCUGAACCUGGGAAAAAAACUAGUGAUUUUUUAGCAAAACGUCAAGAACUCAAUUGGAUAAGACAGGUUGAAGAAGGCCAAUUUACACAAGCAAAGAUAACAUUGAAAAAGAUGGCAAAUAAUGAGAAAGAUGAAAACAAAAAAUUGAUAGAAUUAUCGUUGUGUAAAUUCGCUGCUCUUUGUGAAGAACAAGAAAACUUGCCCGAAAUUGCUGAAUUAUCUGAACAGAUAAGUGAAUUACAUGAAAAACAAAGGAUGAAAGAAAUGAAUAGAGAGGGAAGUGAAAAUAUUGAAAUGUAAUAAAUGAAGGUAUUUAAAAUUAAAAAUGGCUUUCUGUAACUCUUGAUUUUUUUCG